AUCGACUGUUACCUACAAAACUGAGUGCAUUGGAUGGCCAAAACAUAGUAUCUGUUACUUGUGGAGCUGAUCAUACAAUGGCACGUUCUGAGUCCGGCAGGGAUGUAUACAGUUGGGGAUGGGGUGACUUUGGGAGGUUGGGUCAUGGUGAUCAUAGGGACUUGCUCAUUCCUCAUCUCAUUACAGCAUUACAGGGUCUAAGGAUAAAGCAAAUUGCUUGUGGGGAUAGUCAUUGUUUAGCAGUUACCAUGGAAAACGAGGUGCUGAGUUGGGGGCGUAAUCAAAAUGGUCAACUUGGACUUGGUACAACAGAGGACUCUCCUGUGCCACAAAAAAUUCAAACAUUUCAGGGAGUACCUAUCAAAAUGGUUGCUGCUGGUGCUGAACAUAGUGUAGCAAUCACUGAAGACGGGGACUUGUAUGGAUGGGGUUGGGGCCGAUAUGGAAACUUGGGAUUGGGAGACAGAAAUGAUCGCUUGAUCCCUGAGAAAGUGACUGUUGAUGGUGACAAGAUGGUCAUGAUUGCUUGCGGCUGGCGGCACACAAUAUCUGUUUCAUCUUCUGGUGAAUUAUACACAAAUGGAUGGGGAAAAUAUGGCCAGCUAGGACAUGCACAUUUCGAGGACCAUCUUGUGCCUCGCAAGGUUCAAGCCUUGAGUGAUAAGUUCAUUUCUCAGGUAUCAGGUGGGUGGAGGCAUAGUAUGGCACUCACGUCUAGUGGACUACUUUUUGGCUGGGGUUGGAAUAAGUUUGGACAGAUAGGAGUUGGUGACAAUUUUGAUCGUUCCUCUCCUGAGCAAGUGAAAUUUCCACAUGAUCAGAAAGUAGUUCAGAUCUCAUGUGGGUGGAGACACACGAUUGCUGUUACUGAAAAUAAAAAUGUAUAUUCUUGGGGAAGAGGCGCAAAUGGACAACUUGGGCAUGGAGAAACCGUUGACCGGAAUGUUCCAAUGAUUAUUGAGGCCUUCAGGGUUGAUGGAUCUUGUGGGCAGCAUAUUGAAUUCUCAAAAGCUUAUCCAUUAUCAGGGAAAUCCUCGGCCUCCCUAUCAGAUAGAUAUGCUGUUGUUCCAAAUGAAACUGUAAGUGCCUCGGGACAAGCAACUAAUUCAGACUGGGGAGAUAGACUUGAUGCCAGUGUUCCUGAAAGUGAUGUCAACUGAUAGCAGCCCAAUAAUUAAUGAGUUCAAGAGAUUAGGAUGAGUAUGUGCGUUAGUAAUAAAAAUGUAUUGAGUGUUUUGUUAUGAGUAUGGGUGGUUAUGAUGACUGUGUAUGUUGGUUGUGUGUAUUGGGUGUAAGGUGUUAUAUGAUAAGUGAACAUAUGGCUCCGAACUGAAUAUUAAACAGUUAGUUAGGAGUUGGGAAGGAAAGGGAAUGAAGGGGAUCAUGAGAGAGGGAAUGGAAGGAAAGGAAAAAAAUUGGAGGGUAUUCUCUUCUUUUCUUUGGGAGUUAAAAAAAGGUAAGAGAGGAAAA